AUGAUGAUCCCACGCUGGAAAUACGUCGCUAUGGGCGGCGGUGUCCUUGUCACGCUCCAUCUCCUCCUCUCCAUCCACCCAACCUACCGCGCGACCACCUCACCCUUCUCAUACCUACCUAGCGAAUGGAGCGGUUCAUCAAAUGGAGGCACGCUCGGAGAUGGAUCAAUAUUACCGCCAGCAGCGACAGUACCGAAAUUGACGGGGAAGCGGCCAGACCUGGAGGAUCUGAGAGAGGACGGGUUGGAGGGAAGGAGAAAGGCCAAUGCGGUGUUCGUUGUGCUGGCGAGAAAUGGGGAUUUGUGGGCAUUCCUGGAAUCCAUGAAGCAGAUGGAAGAUCGCUUCAAUCACUGGGCAAAGUACGACUAUGUGUUCUUGAACGACGAUGAGUUCUCGGAAGACUUCAAGCGAUAUACCCAGGCUUUGACAUCCUCAAAGUGCUACUAUGGGCUUAUCGAGCCAUCACAUUGGAAUCAACCCGACUGGAUCGACGAGGAGAAGGCUACGGCUGCGCGGGAAGACAUGAUCAGGAAGAAGGUCAUCUACGGCCAUUCGGUACCCUAUCGGAACAUGUGCAGGUUUAAUUCUGGCUUCUUCUUCAGACAUCCAUUGCUUGCCAACUACGACUACUAUUGGCGAAUAGAGCCAUCGAUCAAGCUGUUCUGCGAUAUCGCAUACGAUCCUUUCCUCCUGAUGCAAGAUGAGAAAAAGGUCUACGGCUUCACACUGUCGCUGUUCGAGUACAUUGAGACUAUCCCCACGCUAUGGGACACCGUGAAGGGCUUCAUCCAGGAACACCCCGAGUAUGUCCCAGAAGGCAACGCCAUGCAGUUUCUCUCUGACGACAAUGGCGAGACCUACAAUAAAUGUCACUUCUGGUCGAACUUUGAGAUAGGAGACCUCAACUUCUGGCGUUCCGAGGCGUACAUGAAGUUCUUUGAAUACCUCGACAAGGCCGGCGGGUUCUACUAUGAGCGAUGGGGUGACGCGCCGGUACAUUCGAUCGGGGCGGCGUUGUUUGCCAAGAAGGAGCAAAUACAUUGGUUUGAGGAUAUUGGAUACAAGCAUGAGCCGUUCCAGCACUGUCCUCAGGGCGAGGCACAUACGAGGGGGAAAUGCUGGUGCGACCCCGCAAACAACUUUGAUUGGGAGUGGUACUCGUGUACAAACAAAUACGUGGGCAUGUUCCCCAAAUCUUGA